AUGGGACCAAAUUGGCGGAAGGAGAAAUUCCUGCCUUUGUCUGUCACUCUGGAUCCAGGGUCUGCAAAUUCAAACCUUGCUGUGUCUGAUGAAAAGUCUUGUGUGACCUGGAAGUAUACAACUAAGGACCCAGAAAAACAGUGUAGCAUCUUAGUUCAGGAGGGCAAAUCACGGUGCUGUUACUGGGUGGUGGAGAUCAGGAAUAGAGACAGAAGUAAGUGGGCUCUGGGGAUCUGUAGGAGAGAUGUGCCGAGGAAGGGCUGGUACAAGGAAUCCCCAGAAAAGGUGAUCUGUGUUGUGGGGAUGUAUGAACAAAGACUCCAUUCCCUCCCUGAUAAUUCAAGACUCUUUGUUCCAAUUCCCCACAGGGUAAGAGUUUUCCUGGACCUGAAGGAAGGGGAUGUCUCAUUCUACAACAUGACUGAUGGCUCCCACCUUUUCUCCUUCCCACUAACCUCUGGGACUCUGUUUCCAUACUUCAGGUUGAGGUCUGGAGAUGUGUCCCUGACCAUCUGCUCUGGGGUGGGCGGGCCUGUGCAGACCCCUGAACCCCUUAACAACCCUUUUUGUUCUUCAGAGGAGCCUGUGAGCCUCUCAGGGCAGGGGUUCAGUUCAAGCUGUGGUGUUGAUGGUGCUCUCCUAGGGGCUGAAUCUCCAUUACUCCCUUGGGGCCAUGAAGCUAUGCUCCCAUAG